AGAAAGCUCUGUGUGUGUGUGUGUGUGCAGUCAUGGACUUGCGCUCGGAGCUGCUCAAGUCCAUCUGGUUUGCUUUCACUGCGCUGGACGUAGAGAAGAGCGGCAAAGUGUCCAAGUCCCAGCUGAAGGUUCUGUCUCAUAAUCUGUAUACAGUGUUGUGUAUCCCUCAUGAGCCGGCUGCUCUGGAGGAACAUUUCCGUGAUGAUGAUGAUGGACCAGUCUCUAGUCAGGGCUACAUGCCGUACCUCAACAAACACAUACUCGAUAAGGUGAAAGAGGGCAUGUUUGUGAAGGAGCAUGUGGAUGAGCUCUGCUGGACUCUCACAGCCAAGAAGAACUACAGGCCUCAGGGGGACAGUGUCCUGCCUCAGAAAGAUGCCUUCCGACUCUGGUGUCUCUUCAUCUUCCUCUCGGAGGACAAAUAUCCCCUGGUGAUGAUCCCUGAUGAGGUGGAGUACCUACUGAAGAAGCUGUGCAUGGCCAUGAAUGUGGAGCUGAACUGUGUGGAGCUGGAGGAAAUUAUUUCCCAUGAUUCCAUUCAGCAGAACGGUUUCAAUGUUUGGGCUUUCCUGCAGAUGAUGAACUCUGGGAAGCUCACCAGAGGACUUACCAAGGAAACGAUCAGCAUGGCCAUCGAGGAAGUGUAUCGAGAGAUAGUAGGGGAUGUCUUGAAGGAGGGCUACCUGUGGAAGAAGGGUCAUUUGAGGCGGAACUGGAUGGAGCGCUGGUUCACCCUCAAGCCAAGUUCUCUGGAUUACUACAUCAGUGAAGACCGCAAAGAACGCAAGGGCAGCAUCACACUGGACACCAACUGCUGUGUAGAGGUUGUACCUGACAGAGAUGGGAAGAGGUGUAUGUUCUGCCUGAAGACAAUCUCCAAGACAUUCGAGCUCAGCGCCUCAGACACCAAACAGCGUCAGGAGUGGACGUCAGCGAUCCAGACGGCGAUCCGGCUACAUGCAGAGGGGAAGUGCUCCCUGCACAAGGAGCUGAAGAUGAAGCGGAGGGAGCAGCGAGAACGAAGGGAGAGGAGGAGGGAGGAGAAGGAGCAGGAGCUGCAGCACCUCCACCUGCUGCAGGAGGAACGCGAGCGCAAGAAUGCUGAGCUGGAGCUGCUGAAGGAGGCUCAGAAGCAGGCGCAACUCCUGCUAGAACAAGAGGAAAAGCGGAGACGAGAACAGCAUGAACAGCUCCAACAAGCGCUGGAGCUUCAGCUGAAGGAGGCGCAAGAGGCACGUGUGUUUAUGCAGGCUGAGAUGGCUCUGAAGGAGGAGGAGGCGGAGCGUCAGAGGAGGCGGAUCCAAGAGCUGGAGGAGAUGCAGCAGAGAUUAGAGGAGGCACUGAGACAGGAGAUCAAAGCGAGACAGGACGAGGAGCAGCACCGAUACAAACAAGCCAGGUUGCUGGAUGAGGAGGAGGAGAAGAUGAAGGCCCUGAUGACUCUGCAGGAAGAGCAGGAGGAGUUCAUUCAGAGGGAGCAGAGGGAGAAGCAGGAGCUGAAGCAGGAGAUGGAGAACAAAACACGAGCAUUGGAGGAGGCGCAGAAACAGCUGGAAGAGAUCAGAGCUAACAGACACAGAGUGGACCAGGAUGUGGUGGCUGCCCAGAGGAAGCUCCGGCAAGCGAGCACAAAUGUCAAACACUGGAAUGUUCAGAUGAACAGACUGAUGCACCCUAUUGGACCUGGAGAGAAGCGAUCGUCAAUAGGAGGAGGCUACUCCAGUUUCCGUAUCCCACCACAUAAGGAUCCUGCGCUGAGGCUCAGGAGGACAAGCAGCGAGCAGGACGAGGAGAGCAAGGAGAACACGGCGGAGAACCGGCUCUCUAUGGCCUCCAACGGAACCAUGGACACGCACUGAGGGGCAGAACCACAUCCACAUCUACACCUGACAAACAUUCACAGAUAUCAGUAUGAAAGAGAGAGAGAGAGAGAGAGAGUGAGUGAGAGAGAGAGUGAGUGAGCGCUACUGAAGCCACUUCAGCAGUGUAAAUCUCCUGAAACCCCAUGGAUUUACCUCAGAACUUUAACUGGAUCGAAUCAUAAGGCUACUAACGCAGCAAACUUACCAUGGAAAAUACCACAAAAUAUUAACUGUUUAUAUCCUGAAUGUUGCUUGUAAUUGUAUACACGAUGUACCAGACGUACACAGACGUGUCACGUACCAGACGUACACAGACGUGUCACGUACCAGACGUACACAGACGUGUCACGUACCAGACGUACACAGACGUGUCACGUCUCAGAGGAACAGAACGAAAGGCCUCAGCGUACUUCACACCUUCAUCUCACUCACCAUCCUCGUCCCUGUUUAUUUAAUGGUCUCAUCUCACGUCAAACAUCUCUCUCUCCCUCUCUCUCUCUCUCUCUCUCUCUCUCUCACACACACACACACACACACACACACACGGUGUUUUCUUGCUCUUCAGAUUUGUAUCUUGAGUUGCAGACGCAAAAGACUGAAGGAAACGAGCUGAAACUCUGAAGCACUGUGGUUUCUGCACUUCCUGCUAACACUGCAGAAAACAUGUCAAAACUGAACACAUACACACACCUACACACACACACACACACACACACACAUCUACACUCCAUAAAUAUUUGAGUUUUAGAAAAAUUGUUAUA